AUGAGUCCAGCUGGACGAAUCAACUUAGCGCGUGUCAGCGCCACUACGAGUAAAGCUCUUACAAGAUGGGAAGACGUUCAUAGCCUUAUGUUCGAUGACACAAAAAUCAUUAUGGCAGGUGAUGUAUUUCAUCAUCGAAUCGAUACUACGCUGGAUGUGGGUUUUCUACGAUCUAUGAGUGAAGUACUUCAUUUGUGUCCACAUGCUCGUAGAAUCUGGAUCCAAACUCGUCUACAACGUGAACAUCUAGAGGUUCUACAAAAGCACGGCAAUGUCAUUGAAGCGUUGUAUAUCUCAAGCGAGAAUUUUCACACGCAACAUCAGGUUAGCUGGGAAAAAGUCGGAUUUAACCGGAUGCGUAGCGUUAACAUUCUACAACGGAUGGACCAACCACUAAACCUGAAACAGUUGCUGGAUAAAGCAGCUUGUAAGGCACUAUUUCCAAUCACUAUACGCCAUGUGUGCCUCACAGGAAUCCUACUUACCGUUACCAUUAUGGAUACCUUAACUACACUCACAAAUCUGCGACAUCUCGACCUGAUCGGUUGCGUCGUUGAUACGCAGCUUGCCGCCGAAUACGUGGGGAAGUUCGCUCUAAUGUCGAACCUCGAUGAGCUCAGUGUUCCGCCAUCGAUGUACUCAUUUUCGGUGAAGGAUGACAAGAGCCCGCCCUUUAAUUUCAGGAAGCUGCAUCUAUCAAAAUUGUCCGCUUACAUGGAAUGUUUCGAUGAGAACAGCUUUUUUGAUGCUCUUGAAACGGUGAUGCCGAGAAAACUCGAAGCUCUUACUCUUUACGGGAACUACUAUCCGCUCAAAAGAUCGAAGAAAUAUUCUCAAUGGCGAAAAUUCGAGAUAUUAUUUGCUGCAAUGAUACCACAAGUACGUUCACCGUGGUGGAUGAAAGAGGAGAGUGCACUAAUGUCACAUAUCGUACGAUGUCCCCCAUAUAAAGUCUCAGACGAUUUUCGACCAAUGCGAAGUACGGCAGCUUCGUGGCGUUUCGAUCAGGCCACACUGGAUAGCGAAGAAGCACCACAGGAACGGCCUACUAUCAAUCGUUUCCUGCGCUUUAUGAGACCCGAAGGUCCCCCUCUGGCUAUUGCUCCUGCACCACGAGCUGUACCCGAGCCUCCACCGCCUCCAGUGCGACGCGAGAGAAUUCGACGACGACCGAACGUCCCAACCGUUGCUGAGGAACAAAACCCUGUACCAGUAGUGAUUUCUCUUCCACAUAAUGGUGCUGUCGCAGCACCAGUUGCGGCCCUGGUUCCUAAUGUGGAAGCCGCUCCGGCUCCUGCGCUGCCAGCUGCUUCGGCGAUUCCAAAUGAUGUUUCUCCAGUUCCUGAAGCUCCACCACAUGAUGGCGAAGCAGUUGCCGAAGCUCCGCCGUUAAAUCCUCCGGGGCAAACAGCUAUUCCAGAACAAACAGCUCAGGUGGACCAAAGAAAUACCGCUGCGGAGCUUUUAGAGCAAGCGCAUCGCGGCGGGCAAACUAUCGAAGCAGGAGGGACCCUGUCCCAACAGCAGACUAUGCACGUUGGAGGCGCUCCCGGUGCAGCGGCAGCUGAUCAUACACAGCCGAUGGCUCAACCCACUGAGAUACCGUUAGUGAACACGCAACCAGCGUCAGCUACGGUUGAAGGAAAUGUGAAUGGGGCACAACGUGGCACCAUCGCUGCCGAUGGAUCGAGUGAGCAGUCGAUGCAGCAAACCCAGCGCGCUCCAGCAGGAAACUCAGCUCAAAACAUCACUCCGUUGCCUGAACCAGCAAACAACGUAGGCGAUGAACAAGGAGUACAGGAAAGGCAUGAUGAUGAACACAUCAAUAUGAUGCUACAAGGAAUGCUGCAAGCUUUGGUAGAAGAAAUCGUUCUUGAUGCAAUGAACGAUGAACGAAUGGAAAAUAACGCGACUGAUCCGCCUCCGGUUGUCAGCUCGGACGCAACUGCGCCAAAUAGAACGAACGCCACGAACACUUCCACGACUCCAACGCCUUCUACACCACCUCCAUCGGAAGCUCAACAGCCUCAAGCGUUACCUCGAGCAAAUAAUCAAAAUACUCAACAUUGA